ACUGAUGACGUUUUACGCAUUAAAGGGUGCUGUAGAUCACAGAUGUCGGAAAUUUCCUAAUUUCAGACUUUAAAACUGUCGUAACACUCUCAAUAUGUUCAAUAUGAUGGGCGAUACACACUCGAGAUCAUUUGUGAACUUGCAGCCUAAAAAGACAGCAAUAAGUCAAGACUAUAGAGUGACAGGAAGUGUUUUAGGUUUAGGAAUAAACGGAAAAGUUGUGGAGUGUUUUUCUCAUAAAACUGGAGAAAAAUUUGCCUUGAAGGUGCUUCGAGAUGUGCCAAAAGCUAGGAGAGAAAUUGAUCUACAUUGGAGAGCUUCCGGAUGCAAACAUAUCGUGAAAAUUAUUGAUGUUUAUGAAAACCAAUAUGGAGGUCAGAAAUGUCUUCUUGUUGUCAUGGAAUGUAUGGAAGGUGGUGAACUGUUCAGUAGAAUACAAGAACGGGCAGACUCAGCAUUCACAGAAAGAGAGGCAGCAGCAGUUAUUAGUGACAUAGUUAAAGCAAUACACUAUCUACAUUCCAUGAAUAUAGCACACAGGGACUUGAAGCCAGAGAAUUUAUUGUACUCUACAAAAGGCCCAGAUGGAAUAAUAAAGUUAACAGAUUUCGGUUUCGCCAAAGAACUUUUAGCAUAUAAAUCCCUACAGACUCCGUGUUAUACUCCAUAUUAUGUUGCACCAGAAGUUUUGGGUCCAGAAAAAUAUGAUAAAUCAUGUGACAUGUGGUCUUUAGGUGUUAUUAUGUAUAUAUUAUUGUGUGGUUAUCCACCAUUUUACAGUAAUCAUGGGGCAGCUAUAUCACCAGGAAUGAAAAAAAGAAUUAGAAACGGACAAUAUGAAUUUCCAAAUCCAGAAUGGAGUAGGGUCUCCAAGGAAGCAAAAGAUUUAAUCAAGGGAUUAUUGAAGACGGUUCCAGAGGAAAGAUUUUCCAUCGAACAGGUCAUGAGGAAUAAAUGGAUUUCAGACCAUCAAGUUGUACCACAGACUCCAUUAAUGUCAGCUCAGGUGUUACGAGAAGAGGAAGAAACUUGGAUGGAUGUGCAGGAGGAGAUGACAAAUGCUCUAGCAACAAUGAGAGUGGACUAUGAUCAAAUAAAUAUCAAAAAUUUGGACGAAUCGGAGAACCCAAUUUUGAAGAAACGUAGGAAGAAAACAGGUGCCCCAAUGCCACCCCCUCUCUUAGAAGAAUCCUCAAUGGAAACAAAAUGAUGCAAUACUGAGCAGCUUAGUAUAAACUGUAAAAACUGCACACACAUUUGAAAUGAAACCAUAUACAGGGACGAGUUUUGUUUUUCUGAAAGCCAGAAUAUAUUGUGGGAUAAGAAUAUGUCAAAAACGUUUUAAUUAUGAAAAGACACGCGAGAGAUAAUCGUACUGACAGACAGCCAUGUCGUGUGACACCUAGAUAUGUACACAAUCCAGUAUGAUUCCAAGAUCAUAAUGUAUAAACUGAUCACACUUCAUACACAAGUGAUAUUUCAUUGUCAUUGUUUGACUUAUCAGCUGCGACAGCAGUAUUGUUUGAGCAAUUUUUGUUUUCUUGAAAUAUGAGAAUUUGUAGGCUUUAAAUAAUAAUUGUUUAUUUGUAUACUCUGUUAAAUCAUGGUAUUUUUGUAAAAUGUAUCUUUGUUAAUGUCAUUUUUAUGCAGUUGUUUUAUAUACGUUAUAAGCCCAACUUUUUAAAAUUGUUACUUGUAUUGAAAUAUUUGACUUAAAAAAUAAUUGCUCUUUCUCAAAAGGAAGCUAUCCAACCCUACUGAUGAUUAAAAUUUAAUAAAAAGGUGCGAGUAGUGAUGCUAAGAAGAUAUUCCUGCAGUUGAAAAGGCAAAAGUUAUGCUUAACUUUAAAUGUAUAAUUUAUAUUCAUAUUAAGUUGCUCUUCCAAUUAAAUGUUCUGUUUUAUUCUGUCUCUUCAUAAAUGAAAAUUAUGCUAAGUGUAUUCAGUUAUGUUUAUGCCCGCCUUUGAAGGAAGGGGGAGGGUAUAUCAUUGUUCAUGUCAGUUGGUAGACGAUUGGAUUCAGUCAGUAAACUUAAGACAACCUUUUGGCCUAUAUUGGUCAAAUUUUAUAGGAUAAUUACCGUAUGUCAGUAGAUUAACUGUUUUGUUUUGGGGGUCAAAGGUCUAGUUGAAAUUAGUAGUAUUAUCACUUGUGGUCAGUAGAUGACAGGUACUGUUUUAGGGGUAAGUUUGGCAAAGUUGAAGGUCACAGUGACAUAGAGACUAAAAUCGGUUUCCAGUCAAUAAAUGGAGAUUGCUUAGUCCUACAACUUUCAAACUUAAAAGGAUGUUUGCCUUUUGUCCAAAGAUGACACUUACCAGUCUUGGAGCCAGUAGGUCAAUGGUCAAGGCCCCAAUUACCUGGAGACUAGUAGUUUCUGUUCAAAAGCUUGUGAACGUCUUAGGUCUACUGUCACCAAACUAUAGCAUUAUUGCCCAUGGUCAAUAGAUGUCACCUUGAGAUUGAAAACAGUUCCUGAUCAAUAACUGGAGAAAUUUUUGCCUAGGACUGUAAACUUUGAAGGGUGAAUGCCUGUAGUGCGUAGAAAAUCCUUAUUGAUUAAGAGGUCAUAAUGUCGAAGUUCAAGGUCAAGUGGCCAUUAAAAUAAAAAAUAUUUCUUAUCUGCACCUAUGCAUGAUAGACUAUAGUCAGUAGAUGACUCCUGUUUUUGGUGUCAGGAGGUGAGAAUGAUGUUGUGACUGAAAUGUUUUAGGAUGUACAACUUUAGAACACUUUGGUGUAUGCCCAUCAGACUUUAUUGCCUUCUUGUCUUUAAAUAGAAGUUGACCCAUCUAUUGUUUUAUGGGUCAUUAUGUCAAAGGUCAAGGUCGUAGUGUAAUUAAGACUGAAAGUUACACACCUUUCCCUUUGACAGUCAGUGGUGAGGUUGCAUGAUCAUCUGUGGUGACUAUAUGAUAUGUGAACACUGGGAUUUGCAGUAUCUGUUUGAUUCCAGCACGUAUGAAAGUUUUGCUCCAAUACCUUAUAUUUUUUAUUUCGAUGUAAUUGAGGAUUUUUAGAGCUGUUUUAUGCCAUAUUACCGAUACUGUGUUGAUGCACAGUAAGACAAGAAUCAGCCAUGAUGAGGGGAAGAGGGGGGCAUAUGUGUUUUACAAACAGCUCUUGUAUUCAUUAUAUCUUUCAUUCACAUGUUGCAGUUCUGAUGUGAAAUAUAACUUUUCUCUAUUUUUUAACUUUUGAAAUUGUUACAGUUUUUAUAUAUAUUUUAGCUCGUACUACUAUGAAAUGAAGACUUUGUCCAGAGAUAAAAUAAUAAGGAGAUAAAUGAAUUUUAAUAUGA